CUCCUCUGGUAUGAACAGAUCACUUUGCAUUAACUCUAUCCAUGUGCGCAACAAGCACGCGAAUAGAGGAAAUGGAGGGUCGGUUGAGAAUAAAAGCCAUUUGCUCGAAUCGCCAUAAUACUCAUAACCUUUGAAAACAAAACAGGUUCGGUCAGUGCAUAUCGGAUCUGGAAAAACUAAAACCCUUCAAUUUAGGGGAAGGGUUUUGUUUAUUUGCUUUUAUUUUAGCAAUGGUCCGCCAUCGAUCGUCAUCUUCGAGCAGAUGGCGGAUAUUACAUCCCUCGUAUUAUUUGAAAAGGCCGCGCAGAUUGGCCCUCCUCGCCAUUGCCUUUGUCUGCGCAACCUUCCUGGUCUGGGAUCGCCAAACUCUCGCCAGAGAACACGAGGUGGAAAUGACCAACAUUUCAUCUUAUUUUUCCAGGCUGAAAUAUCCAAAUUGAUUGAAGAAAAUGCUCAACUAGAGAACCAGUUACGAGAUCUUAUUAAGUAUGCUGAGGAGUCUGGCAAAAAAAAUAGUUUUCCAAAGAAACAGGAGGAAAUCGUGCAGCGGAGGACCUCUUAUAAUGAUGCUGUUAAUAUGGAAAGACAAAUUAAAGUGAAGGAAGCAAUGCUGCAUGCAUGGACCUCAUAUGAGAAGUAUGCAUGGGGCUAUGAUGAAUUGCAGCCACAAUCAAGAAGUGGGGUGAAUAACUUUGGAGGCCUUGGGGCAUCCAUUAUAGACUCUCUUGACACAUUGUACAUAAUGGGAUUAGAUGAGCAGUUUCAAAAAGCAAAAGAGUGGGUGACCAACUCGCUAGACUUCAACAAAGAUGUUGAUGCAAGUGUUUUUGAAACUACAAUAAGAGUGGUUGGAGGACUGCUUAGUGCAUAUGAUCUAUCGGGAGACAUUAUAUUUCUUCAAAGAGCAAGACAGAUUGGAGAUAGGUUGCUGCCAGCAUGGAAUACACCAUCUGGAAUACCAUACAACACCAUUAAUUUAGCUCAUGGGAAUGCCCACAAUCCAGGCUGGACAGGGGGGGCAAGUAUACUGGCAGAUUCUGGUACGGAGCAAGUGGAAUUCAUUGCUCUUUCCCAGAGAACUGGAGAUCCUAAGUACCAAGAGAAGGUUGAAAAUGUGAUCAAGAAACUGCAUGCAAUUUUUCCAGAUGAUGGAUUACUUCCUAUUUAUAUAAAUCCUCAUUCUGGCAAUGCUGAAACAUACUCAAAGAUUACUUUUGGUGCUAUGGGGGACAGCUUUUAUGAAUACUUGCUUAAAGUGUGGAUACAAGGCAACAAAACUGAUGCAGUGAAGCCUUACAGAGAGAUGUGGGAAAAGUCUAUGGAAGGAUUAAAGAACUUGAUUAGGAAGUCAAAGCCAUCUUCUUUCACUUAUAUUACAGAGCGUUCUGGUAGUGCGCUGAUAGAUAAGAUGGACGAACUAGCAUGCUUUGCUCCUGGUAUGCUUGCUCUUGGAGCCUAUCAUGAUGAAUCGGAGAAAGGAUUAAUGUAUCUUUCCCUUGCAAAGGAGCUUGCCAGGACUUGCUACAACUUCUACAAUUCAACUCAAACAAAGCUGGCUGGAGAAAACUAUAUCUUCAAUGAAGGCGAGGAUAUGGUGGUUGGUACAUCAUGGAACAUCAUGAGGCCAGAAACUGUGGAGUCACUAAUGUACCUUUGGCGAAUUACUGGAGAUGAAACAUAUAGAGAGUGGGGUUGGGAUAUAUUUCAAGCAUUUGAAAAGCAAUCACGGAUUGACUCUGGCUAUGUGGGACUUAGAGAUGUGAAUAGUGGUGAAAAAGAUGACAUGAUGCAAAGCUUUUUUCUUGCUGAAACCUUGAAGUACUUCUACCUUCUGUUCUCACCGCCAUCUGUUAUUCCUCUUGAUCAGUGGGUUUUUAACACUGAAGCCCAUCCAUUAAAAAUCACAACACGUCUAGACUCGAUGCAGAUGCUUGGGAAUCAUCAAUUUGGUCAACAAGCACAAGAAGUCAAAAUAGACCAGAGGUUACGUGGUGAAAGGUUUGAAUCUUUUAAUCGGAUCAAGAGCAAUAUUUUGGAAAGGGGGAAACACCGGGAGCGGAUAUUAGGUAGGAAGGAAGGUCAUUCAUGAACUUUCAGAGGUACUAACAAAUUAUAAUUUUGUAAUCAUUCUUGUCCUAUAAUUUCAUGGCUGUGACUGACAUGAGUUAGUUUUGAGUAAUUUAUUUUAAACCAAGCCAGGAGCACCUCACUUUGCAACAAUUUGUUUAUGGUGCUCAUACAAUUUGUACAAGCCAUAUUUUAUAAGUGAACUUCAUUUUUGGAAA